AUGCCUUCGGCAGCCGUCGACGAUGGCUUCGAGGCUCUGCUGGAGCCCUUCUACAACGGCAAACGGCUCACGGAUCCCAUCAACACCAAGCAGGACAAGUACCAGCUGCUACCCGCCUUCCUCAAGGUCAAGGGGCUGGUAAAGCAGCACAUCGACUCGUACAACUACUUUGUCGAGGAGGACAUCAAGAAGAUCGUCGAGGCCAACCGAGUGAUCCGAUGCGACCAGGAACCCAGCUUCUGGCUCGAGUUCACCGACAUCCGCGUCGGCAAGCCCACAAGAAAUGAAAACUCGCAGCUCCAGUGGCAGAGCUCGACAACCGUGUCGCCCAUGGAGUGCCGUCUUCGCGAUGCUACCUAUGCCGCCCCCGUCGUUGUCGAUAUCGCCUACCCCAAGAACGGCGUCAGAAAUAUCCGCAAAAAUGUCCAGCUCUGCCGCAUCCCCGUCAUGCUCAAGAGCUCCAAGUGCUACCUCAACGGUGCCAAUAAUGCGAGGAUGGAGGAGCUCAACGAGUGUCCUCUGGAUCCGGGUGGCUACUUUAUUGUCGGCGGCACAGAAAAGGUCAUUUUGAUUCAGGAACAGCUCAGCAAGAACCGUGUGAUUGUGGAAAAGGACGACAAGGGUGGCGUGCAGGCCUCGGUCACCAGUUCUACCCACGAACGCAAGUCCAAGACCUACGUCGUUCUCAAGAAGGACCGCAUUCUUCUCACCCACAACAUUCUCGUCGAGGCGAUUCCCAUCGUGAUCGUUCUCAAGGCCCUCGGGGGACUGUCUGACUACGACAUCAUGGAGCUGGUGGCGGGAGGAGACUCCAGAUACCAAGACGACUUUCUCAUCAACUUUGAGGACGCAGCAAAGGCUGGCGUCUACACGCAGCAACAGGCGCUGGAAUAUGUGGGUGCCAGAGUCAAGAUGGGCGGCCCGAAAAAGCCAAGCCCCAAGUUCUCUGCUGGACCACGGCGCAACCCCAUCGAGGAAGGCUUGGAUGCCCUCUCCAACCUGAUUGUGGCCCAUGUCACCGUCAAGGACCUGGACUUUUAUCCCAAGACCAUCUACAUCGCCAUGAUGGUGCGGCGCAUCCUGAUGGCCGUUCACAAUCCCGAGCUGGUCGACGACCGUGAUUUCGUCGGCAACAAGCGUUUGGAGUUGGCCGGCCAGCUGCUGUCUUUGCUAUUCGAGGAUCUGCUCAAAGGAUUUAUUGGGCAACUCAAGGCGAACAUGGAGCACUUUUUCAAGAGACCCAACCGCACGUCAGCUUAUGACCCCAUCGGCCCCAUCGGCUCUUAUGGUACAAUGAUCACCCAAGGGCUGAACCGGGCCAUUCAGAGCGGGAAUUGGACAGUCAAGCGUUUCGGUAUGAAUCGGGCCGGCGUCACACACGUUCUCAGUCGUCUGAGCUAUAUUGCUGCCCUCGGCAUGAUGACGAGAAUCAGCAGUCAGUUCGAAAAGACACGAAAGGUAUCGGGUCCCAGAGCCCUCCAGCCCUCGCAGUGGGGUAUGUUGUGCACAUCCGACACACCUGAAGGCGAGGCCUGUGGUCUGGUCAAGAACUUGGCGCUCAUGACACAUAUCACCACCGAGGCAGGAGAAGAAAAGGUCAAGAAGUGCGUCUCGACAUUGAUCGAGGGUAUCCGGCUUAUCGAGGAGUGCAGCGGCACAGAGAUGCAUGAAGAAAACGCCUUCAUCAUUCACGUAAACGGCACGCCGUAUGCUCUGACCCUUGACGCGGCGGCCUUCACCAAGAGGUUCAAGCAGUUCCGUCGCCGCGGCGUGCUGUCGGCCUUUAUUGGGAUUCACACCAGUCAUGCCACAGCCUCGAUCCACAUCGCCACCGAUGAAGGGCGCAUCUGUCGGCCAUACAUCAUUGUCGAGAACGGAAAGUCCAUGCUGGAGGCAGCACAUCUGGAUCUUCUCCGGCACAAGAAGGCCACAUUUGAGGACUUUUUGAAGAAGGGUGUGCUGGAAUAUCUGGAUGUGAAUGAGGAAAACGACGCGCUGAUUGCCGUCCACGAGUCGGACAUCAACGACCAGACAACUCAUCUGGAAAUCGAGCCAUUCACCAUCCUGGGCGCAGUUGCGGGCCUCAUUCCGUUCCCUCACCACAACCAGUCGCCCCGUAACACCUACCAAUGCGCCAUGGGCAAGCAAGCGAUAGGCUUCAUCGCAUACAACCAGCAAAACCGCAUCGAUACUCUUCACUACACGCUCGUGUAUCCUCAACGACCCAUGGUCAUCACCAAGACCAUUCAACUCAUCCAUUACGACAAGCUCCCUGCUGGCCAAAACGCCACGGUUGUCGUCAUGUCGUACUCGGGGUACGAUAUUGAAGACGCCCUUGUGCUCAACAAGGCAUCCUGCGAUCGAGGAUUCGGUCGCUGCCAGGUGUUCAAGAAGUACACGACCGAGCUCCUACAGUACCCCAACCGAAACAAGGACCGACUUGGUGGCGUGCAACGCGAUGAAGACGGCAAGGCCAAGGAUCGACAUGCGGUGCUUGACAAUGAUGGUCUCGCUACUCCUGGAAUGAAACUGAAGGACGGCGAUAUCAUGAUCAUGAAGGAGACCCCGGUCGACCAGACGUCAACAAACAUUGGUGAGGAUCGGAAAAUCACCGAGUUCCGUCCCUGUCCCAUCAGCUACAAGAUCAAGGAUCCAGCCAUUGUCGACAAGGUGGUCAUCACCACCAAGGAGAGCGGCACGCCGCUGCUGAAGGUCCGGACCAGACAAACACGCCGACCAGAGCUUGGUGACAAGUUCUCGUCUCGUCACGGCCAGAAGGGUGUUGUUGGUAUCAUUGUGGACCAAGAGGACCUGCCCUUCUCCGACAAGGGUCUGACGCCCGAUAUCAUCAUGAACCCCCACGGCUUCCCAUCGCGUAUGACUGUCGGCAAGUUGUUUGAGUGCUUGACCGGCAAGGCGUCCGUCGUGGCAGGAAGGCGGGAGUAUGGCUUUGGUGAUGCCUUCCGGUCUCAUCCGGUGGAAGAGAUGGGCAAGGUGUUGAUCGAGCACGGCUUCUCGUGGGAGGGCAAGGAUUACUUCACAUCCGGCAUCACGGGCGAGCCCCACGAGGCCUAUCUUUUCAACGGACCCAUCUUUUACCAGCGCCUCAAGCACAUGGUGGCAGACAAGAUGCACUCUCGCUCUCGCGGCCCGCGCGCGGUCCUCACACGUCAGCCCACCGAGGGUCGUUCGCGUGACGGUGGUUUGCGUUUGGGAGAAAUGGAGCGUGAUUGCCUGAUUGCCUACGGCGCCUCGCAGCUGUUGCUGGAACGGUUGAUGUACAGCUCUGACGUUACCAAGGUGGACGUCUGCGAGCGGUGCGGUCUGAUGGGCUACAAGGGGUACUGCCAGACUUGCAAGACGACGAGCAAUGUCACCAAGAUGAACAUGCCGUACGCUGCCAAGCUGCUGCUGCAGGAGCUGAUUUCUAUGAAUGUGGGGGUCAGGAUGCAGUUGGAGGACCAGUUUCCCCAUCCUCGCAACAGCAACAGCAACAGCAACAGCAACAGCAACAGCAACAGCAACAGCAACAACGACAACAACAACGACAACAACGACAGCAUGUCCUCUUCCUCGUCUCCCUCCUCAGGUUUCUACGCCUUCUCCCCCAUCCACAGAACCCAAGCCGAACUCAACGAUCGGGUCGCCAAGCUGGAGGAGAUGGCGAGCAAGGCAAAGACUGAGGACGUCAAGUUCAUGACUUUUCUCCGUCAACUUUUUGACAGUGUUAAUCGCACCCGGCUGAUGUGCAAGGAGUUGGGUGAGGAGGUGCGGAUGCUGAGGAAGGCUGGGGAGGAGAAGGAGGAGGAGAAUCGUAAUGCUGGGGUGUAUGUUAUGGCGCUUCUGGAGAAGCUGGAGGAAAAGAACAAGAAGACGAAGGGACGGGUGAGGAAGUUGAAGGGGAGGGUGAGGGAGUUGGAGGAGAGGGAGAGGGUGAUGAAGGAGAGGGUGGGGGUGUUGGAGGGGGGGAAGAGUAGGGAUGGUGUGUGUGAGAAGUUGAAGGGGGAGUUUGAGGAGUUUAAGGCGGUUGUGGAGGAGAGGGUGGUGAAGGUGGAGGAGUGGGAGGAGGAGUGGGAGGAGGAGUGGGAGGAGGAGUGGGAGGAGGAGUGGGAGGAGGAGUGGGAGGAGGAGUGGGAGGAGGAAAGAUACGAAGGGAGGGUUUGUGCGUUGGAAUGCCGGGCUGAUUGGAUGGAGAGGGAGUGGGAGAAGAACGUAUCUGAACCGAGGGCCUGUGUGUUGGAGAGCCGGGUUGAUUGGAUGGAGAAGGAGGCAGAGGGGGAAGAGAGUGAGAAGAAGAGCGUGAAGGCCUUUCCGGAUUCCCUCCGGGAGGAGACGGCUACUCUCACGGCCAGCCCCAAGAUUGACAAGGGACUGGGCAAGCUUGGGGCGGCUGGGAAUUCGGGGGCGGAUGGCCUGGGAGAGUACAACCCGCGACGCCCUUACCUUCAGGCUUCUUCUCCGGCGUCGAGAGGACUACCGAGCAGUUCUGGAUAUGGCUAUCCCCGUUAUCCCUCACCACCCAACUUGCUCCCCUAUCUCUCUUCGAGCCUGACCCGGCAGAUAUACAAUGCCAGCGCCUAUGACGCCCCGCGGCCAACCUACCGCACUUACGGUGUUCCUUCCGACUCUCAAUAG